GGUACAGAGAGGGUGAAGUCACAUUUUCUCCUCACCGAGCAGCUCUUUGGCGGCGAGAAUCGGGGUCCUGACUCUCUUUAAUUAAUUACAUGAAGAGAUUUUUACAGCGGAAUUAAUCGGAAGCCUAAAUGUUUUAUCCUAUAUGUUGGAUAUUACCUCUGCUUCUCCUGGGAGGGUUCGUGGUGCCAGGAGUGCGGCAUGUUACUGGGAUAGAAAUUAAAACUGAGAGGGAAGUGGUAGCAGUCAAUGGGACCGAUGUGAAACUAAGCUGCACCUUCAGUUCCAGCCAUCCGGUGUCACCUGAUUCUGUCUCAGUUUCCUGGCACUUCCGACCCCUCAAUUUAGGAUUGGAGGAGUCUCUGUUUUACUACCAUGAAACACCAUACCCUCCAGAGUCUGGGCGCUUCAAAGAUCAUGUAGUGUGGUCAGGAGAUGUCACGAGAAAAGAUGCUUCCAUCACUCUCCAAGAGGUGAAUCCAACCUUUAAUGGUACCUACAGCUGUCAGGUGAAAAACCCCCCAGAUGUGCACGGCACUCAUGGAGAGAUCAGCCUCAAAGUUGUCAACAAAGUGUCCCUGUCUGAGAUAAGCUUGCUGGCGAUCAUAGUUGGAGGUGCCUGUGGUGCAGCUUUGGUCCUGCUUAGUAUCUUUAUGGUAGUGAGGUUCUACAGUAAUAGGAGGAAGGAAAAUGACAUUGAACUGCACGAGUCGAAAGACCCAACUGUGUGGUGAGGGCCCGAGAACUGGAACUGCUCUGCUCCUCUUCCUCUUGGUAAUGGAGUCGUAUUAGCUGUUGAGUUUAUUUUGCUGGAGGAGACAAAUUAGGGCAUCUUCUUCUACCAUUUUUUUCCUCUAUUGUGAACUGCUUGAAUAUUACUGUAUUUUAUUCAGCUAUUUCAGUAUUAGAGACGAAACACCUGUCUGCUUAAUAGAUACACUUUGUAUGGAUAUAUACUGUAAAUAUACUGAAAUCUUUUUACAAAGUUGCUACUGCUUAUGACUACUGAAUUCUUUGUAUCAGAAUGUUUCAAAUGUAGAUUAUGAGAUGUAAAUAUGGAUGUUUUUUGUUUUGUUUUUUAUAAAUGUGGCUACUAAUACUUGUUCAUUACCCUCAAUUCACAGCAGCAGUGCUGACUAAAUAAGUGAGGCUGUAUUACUGUAUCACACAAGUUAUUUGACUGUAAGUUUUAUAGAUAUAUAUUUAACUGGAGCACCCCUUCAAGGUAAUUGUUGUCUUCCACAUAAAGAAAAGCAAGAAAUGCUCAGUAGCACUUCAUGCAUGAUACUGCUGCGGUGAACUGACUAAAUACUCUAUGCUGCCUGCUACUAACACAUUAUGUUAAAGCUCUGGCAGAUAAAAGCUGAGUGUCUGGGUAAACUCUUAUAUAACCCAGCCGUUGAACCCAGCAGUGAAGAUGGCGAUAAUGGUGAUGACCACAAUGAUGAUUAGAUAGAUGCACUUAUUUGAGUAGUAUUUUCAUUGUUCAUUAACAUAACUUUAUUGUUUUGAUAUCUACAAGAUCCAUUCAGAAAGUUUUUUUGACCACCUAUAAAAAUCAAAAACUUUUGCUGAUUGAAGUCUAAUCUUCCCUUAAAAGAACUUUCCCCGUGCACCUCUGGAACACUUGCAGCUUGGAGGCUUUUUUAGAUGCUUUUCGUCUGCAGAGUCUGAAAACUUUCUGUUAACAUCUUGUAAUUUAUUUUAUUUAUAUAUUGUAAUGUACAGCAUACCGUACAUUACAGUAAAUGAUAAAGUAGUUCUCCGUCAGUUUAGCAUUGUGCUUCUGAAGCAUCUGCCCACUUCUUCAACAAAGGCGGGAUGUUGUAAAAUGUGAUUUAAAAACAGAAUGCAAUGAUUUAAACCAUUUAAAGAUUUUUAUAUUUGAAAAUUUUAAAAAAAAGUAUUUGCUCAUUUUAAAUUUGACAUCAGCAACAUGUUUCAUAAAAUCUGAACUUAUUUUGCAGCACUUCUUCAUUUCAUAAUGCUCCAAAUUGUUUUCAGUGGGUGACAGGUCCAGACUGGGUGGUUCAGGCUGUUUAUCACCCUCACUCUUUUUUACUAUGGAGCCAUGCUGCUGGAGUAUCUGCAGAAUGUGCUUUGGUAUUUUUUGUCUGAAAUAAGACUUUCAUUGCACCAAACUAGGCACUGACAUCAAGUCAAAUGGUGUCCUCCUCCCAAUAUUUUCCUACAAAAUUCAAGUUGGGCAACUUCCCACUCUGCCUCGGUGCAUCUUAAAUGAGCUUGAGCCCAGAGAGCUAGAGCCUGGCAGCUUUUAUGGAGCUUAUUUAUGUGUUUUUCCUUUAACAUCAAGUACUCUGGAUGAUAAAAUUGUCAACAUUGUUUGCUUCUUAACUUUAUGUCAGAAAUCUGUUUUCCCACAGGACCAAAAGUCUUUUUGCAGCCAAAUGUAUUUGGCUGAAACACAGAGAACUGUUUGUACAUUAUCAACAGCACAGUUCAACCAAUGACAUUUCAACUAAAAAAAUCAAGUGUGUUUAGCAGCUAGAGCAUUAAGCUCUAAGUCUUAAACAGAAAUAAUAUCCAGGUUAUAACAGUCUGCUAAGCUCACUCCUUUUUAACUAUUACAAAUUGUUUUCAUUUUGAAACUUGAAAAAAAAAACCCCACAGUUGACUCAAGUUUCAUCACAUGAAGCUUUUGCUGCAUGAAUAAAGGACGUAUACAACUAUUUUACUUAUGUAUUAAUACUCCCAUACUUCUGUAAAAGGCACUGGUGUCUAAAAUAUGUAGAGUUCUCAUUUAAUUUUAAUUAUGGGGACUAAUGGCUGCAAUCCUUGUUUGCUUUAAUGUUUAUGAUCGCUGUGCUGUUUUGUCAUUUGUGCUAAUCUCAUGGAAUUUCCACCCAAACACUGGACAUGUAUUGCCCUCAAACAAAUGAGCUGUAGAUUUUUAAGGCAUAGGGUCUAGUGAAGUGGUUCUUUGCUAACACCACCCCUUGCCAGUGUAGUGGUUGUCUGUCUGUGCUGCUGCCACAAGAAAAUGUGUCUUUACAGAUACUGCUAAAAUAAACAAACAAAAUAAAAACAGGAGAACUGAUGCUGUCUUUCAAUUUUCAGCUUCCUGUAAGUUUACCAGCAGAUUUCUGAGCAAUAAGCAAAGAUUACUAUGUAUUUUUCCUUUUGUAUAUACUAUAAAAUAAGCAGGACUUUAGAGUUUUGAUCAAGUCUUCAAUUGUUAUUGCUUUUGUCUGUGUAGCAACUUUUGAAUA